GUUGCCGCCGUGAGUAGCACACGGACCGCGCGCGAGACGACCGCCUUCCACCACGUACAUACUUCCGCGAUCACUUUCGCUACGUAAACAAUUCAAACGAUUCGUGUUUUCAAACAUAUUUCCCAUAUAAGUGUCAAUUCGCACGUAGUGACAGCGCCAUUAUGUAUCACGGAUAGAGCGGAGAGGUGCAAUAACACAAUAUCAUGACGGGAGCUUGGAGCAGCCAAGGGCACUCCCUCCUUCUCAUAUUGGCUGUAUUAACGCAAUCGUUAUGCGAUCCAGAGAUUUACUACGAGAAACAGCGGUACGAUGGCUGGUUCAACAAUAGAGCGUACCCUGAUUGGGGAUCAGUUGGCAGCCGACUGACACGUAAGACGCCAGCAUCAUAUGCAGAUGGAGUUUACAUGAUGGCCGGUACGGACAGACCUGGGGCUCGGGCUCUGUCCAAGCUGUUUAUGAGAGGGCAAGAUGGAUUACCCUCACUAGCCAAUAGAACUGCUUUGUUAGCUUUUUUCGGUCAGGUAGUAACGGGAGAAAUAGUAAUGGCAUCAGAAUCCGGAUGUCCAAUUGAGCAACAUCGGAUUCCAGUGGAGAAAUGUGAUCAUAUGUAUGACCCAGAGUGUAAAGGUGCCAAAUAUAUGCCGUUCCACAGAGCUGCUUAUGACCGGAAUACGGGACAGAGUCCCAAUAGCCCAAGAGAACAGAUAAAUCAAAUAACAUCUUGGAUCGACGGCAGCUUCGUCUACAGCACAAGCGAGGCCUGGGUGAAUGCAAUGAGGUCAUUUCAGAAUGGAAGCUUAGCAAGUGAAGGUGGAUUACCAUUACGCAACAAAAAGCGCGUACCGCUCUUCAAUAACCCAGUCCCCCAUUACAUGAGAAUGCUUAGCGCAGAAAGAUUGUUUUUGUUAGGAGACCCAAGAACUAAUCAGAAUCCGGCUAUGGUUACGUUCGGGAUAUUGUUGAUGAGAUGGCACAAUGUAGUAGCCGCACGGAUACACAAACAGCAUCAAGAUUGGACUGACGAACAACUGUUUCAAAGGGCAAGACGGAUUGUCAUAGCCAGCUUACAGAACAUCAUACUAUAUGAAUAUGUGCCAGCAUUUCUUGGCGUCCCAAUACCGCCGUACCAAGGCUACCGCGCAGAGAUUGCGCCUGGUGUAACCCACGCAUUCGCAGUAGCAGCAUUUCGUUUUGGUCAUACCCUUGUACCUCCAGCUAUAUUACUGAGGGACAGAAAUUGUAGAUAUGGCAGAGCGCCAGGAGGACAUGAUGCGAUACGUCUAUGUCAGACUUGGUGGGAUGGUAACGAUGCGAUGUCUCAAGUACCUAUAGAAGAAAUUUUAAUGGGUAUGGCAUCUCAAAUAUCGGAACGAGAGGAUGCAUUGCUAUGCUCUGAUGUAAGAGAUAAUCUAUUUGGACCAAUGGAAUUUUCUCGAAGAGACCUUGGUGCGCUUAAUAUCAUGAGAGGGAGGGAUAACGGCUUACCAGAUUAUAAUACAGCAAGAACCUAUUUCGGGCUCCCUAAGAUAAAAACAUUCAAUGAAAUAAACCCGCAAUUAUUUGAAGACAAUCCAGAUUUACUACAGAAAUUGGUUCAAGUUUACAACGGACGACUCGAUAAUAUAGAUGUUUACAUAGGCGGUAUGUUGGAAUCGACGGGACAUCCUGGAGAGUUGUUCAGAGCCAUAAUCAUCGAUCAAUUUACUAGAAUACGAGACGGAGAUAGAUUCUGGUUUGAAAAUGAAGCUAAUGGUAUAUUUACUCGAGAGGAAAUUGAGGAACUUCGCCGGAUCACUCUCUGGGACGUCAUAGUAAACAGUACAGCUGUUGGGCCCAGUGACAUACAGCGAGACGUAUUCCACUGGAGUGAGGGAGACCCAUGUCGGCAGCCUUAUCAAUUGAAUGCUUCAAAACUACCGCCUUGUAAAUAUUUAAAGGGUUAUGAUUAUUUUGAGGGAAAUGAAUUCGCAUACAUCUACACAUGUUUAAUUUUGGCAUUUGUACCAAUUUUAUGCGCUGGCGCCGCCUACGGAGUUGUCAAACUUCAAAAUAGUAGAAGACGUAAACUUAAACUGCAACAAGAAAAUAUUAAGAAUUCACAAAGCAAAGGAUCUGUCGAUAAGAUGGUAUGUCGUGAGUGGGUGCACGCUUCACACAAACGGCUAGUCAAGCUUCGUCUGGGACCCGAACCCGCGCUACACGUGACCGACCGCAAAGGGGAUAAACUACGCACUGUGCCAUUGGACCAUACUGAUCAAUUCACUGUUAUUGAAAGCCAGGAAAGUCACAACAAGCGUCCGUUAGUUCUUAUAAGGGUUCCGCGAGAGCACGACCUUGUUCUAGAAAUGGACUCUGUGACGUCACGGAGGAAGUUCCUUCUCAAACUGGACACGUUCCUCUCGCAGCACAAGAAGACCUUGAAUCUCACACAGGCGGUCCGUGAAAACAUUCUAACAUCAGCAGAGACAAGAGAGCGUCGUCAAAGGAAACUUGAGCAUUUCUUCAGAGAAGCGUACGCCAUUACGUUUGGCUUGGCGCCCGGAGAGAAACGGCGCAGGAAUGAAGAUGCUGAUCCUGAGUCGAUUGUUAUGAGGACAUCUUUAUCAAAGAGUGAAUUUGCAAGUGCGCUCGGGAUGAAAGCCGAUGCAGUUUUUGUUAAGAAAAUGUUCAACAUUGUAGACAAGGAUGGCGAUGGAAGAAUUUCAUUCCAGGAAUUCCUAGAUACAGUGGUACUAUUUUCCCGCGGUGCUACAGAUGAUAAAUUGCGUAUAAUAUUCGAUAUGUGUGACAACGACAGAAACGGAGUUAUAGAUAAAGAAGAACUUAGCGAGAUGUUGAGAUCGCUCGUGGAAAUUGCUAGAACCACUUCGCUUAGGGAUGAACAUGUCACUGAAUUGAUUGAUGGAAUGUUCUCUGACGCUGGUCUCAAACACAAGGAACACCUAACAUAUUCCGACUUUAAACUUAUGAUGAAGGAAUACAAAGGAGAGUUUGUGGCGAUCGGUCUCGAUUGUAAGGGCGCUAAACAAAACUUUCUAGAUACUUCUACUAACGUCGCAAGAAUGACUAGUUUCCAUAUUGAACCCUCCAUGGAACAAUCUCGGCACUGGCUCCUUCUAAAAUGGGAUUAUUUAACGACAUUCCUAGAGGAAAACAGACAAAACAUAUUCUAUCUGUUCAUAUUCUACGUCGUUACUAUCGGUCUAUUCGUUGAAAGAUUCGCGCAUUAUUCUUUCAUGUCGGAACAUUUGGACUUGAGACACAUCAUGGGAGUCGGUAUCGCGAUCACAAGAGGCUCAGCGGCGUCUUUGUCUUUCUGUUAUAGUUUGUUGUUGUUGACUAUGUCCAGGAACUUAUUGACCAAAUUGAAGGAAUUCAGUAUCCAACAGUACAUCCCGCUGGACUCCAGCAUCCAGUUCCACAAGAUCGUGGCGUGCACCGCUCUCUUCUUCUCGCUCCUCCACACCGCUGGCCACUUGGUCAACUUCUACCACGUGUCUACUCAGCCGGUCGAAAACUUGCGCUGUCUCACUAAGGAGGUGCAUUUCACUUCGGAUUUCCGACCUGGCAUUACUUAUUGGGUGUUCCAGACUGUUACUGGCGUGACGGGCGUGGCGCUGUUCACGCUGAUGUGCGCGAUAUUCGUGUUCGCGCACCCGACGGUCCGCGCGCGCGCCUACCCGUGGUUCUGGCGCGCGCACUCGCUGCACGCGGCGCUGUACGCGCUGUGCCUCGUGCACGGCCUCGCGCGCCUCACCGGCCCGCCCCGUUUCUGGAUCUUCUUCUUGGGACCCGCCGUUAUUUAUAUAUUGGACAAGGUGGUGUCAUUGCGUACAGAAUAUUUGGCAUUAGAUGUAUUAGAAACAGAAAUGCUUCCAUCGGACGUUAUUAAAAUUAAGUUCUACCGACCACCAAAUCUAAAGUAUUUAUCAGGCCAAUGGGUUCGUCUAUCGUGUACGGCGUUCAAAAAAGAGGAAUAUCACUCCUUCACAUUGACAUCAGCUCCGCACGAGAAUUUCCUCUCGUGUCACAUCAAAGCCCAGGGACCGUGGACUUGGAAACUGAGAAACUACUUCGAUCCUUGCAAUUAUAAUCCGGAAAAUCAACCAAAAAUUAGGAUACAAGGUCCAUUCGGCGGCGGGAACCAGGACUGGUAUAAAUUCGAAGUAGCGGUGAUGGUGGGCGGCGGCAUCGGAGUCACUCCAUACGCUUCCAUACUCAACGACCUGGUGUUCGGGACGUCUACCAAUAGGUACUCUGGUGUGGCGUGUAAGAAAGUGUACUUCCUGUGGAUCUGUCCGUCGCACAAGCACUUCGAGUGGUUCAUCGACGUGCUGCGCGACGUGGAGCGCAAGGACGUCACCAGCGUGCUCGAGAUACACAUCUUCAUAACGCAGUUCUUCCACAAGUUCGACCUGCGGACCACUAUGCUGUACAUCUGCGAGAACCACUUCCAGCGUCUCUCUCGCACGUCCAUGUUCACGGGGCUGAAGGCCGUGAACCACUUCGGCCGACCCGACAUGUCCUCCUUCCUCAAGUUCGUGCAGAAGAAACACAGCUAUGUAUCAAAGAUCGGCGUGUUCUCUUGCGGGCCGCGUCCUCUCACCAAGUCGAUAAUGUCGGCGUGCGAGCAGGUCAACCGCACGCGCCGGCUGCCUUACUUCAUACACCACUUUGAGAACUUUGGCUGAAAAAUUUAUCUUGGCGGGUCUAGCUUGCAUAAUUAAAAUGAUUAUAUAAUAAACUUUGUGUUUUUAAUUAACAUCACAGCUGUUGUUUGAUUUUUAUUUUAUGUUACAAAUAUUUUUUCAACAUCUAUUAGCCAUCAAAAUAUGCUGUUUUUACAUACAUUAUUUGUAAUAAUACCUUUAAAUGCUAUUGUAUAGAUACGCACUUAAAAUUAGUUAGAUUCGCCAUUUACUUCUUAUGUUGUAUUUCCUACGUCACUAUGUAACACUGCCAACUUUAUAUACCUAUAACUUCUCAUAUAUUUGUAUUCAUGCAUUGAAAUUUCAUACUCAGCAGGAUAUUAUGAACAUUAAGUUAAAACGAGAUAUACUAUCAGGAAACUAGACCAUAUUAAUGCAUGUAAAUUUAAUGAAUCGUAUUAAAACUUUAUUUAUUAUUUAUUGCUAGUGUAAACUUACAUUUUUGCUAUAAAUCUGCGAGCUAGUACAAUGACCUUGCAUUUGCAUGUACAAAUUUAAUUAAAACGUGUUCUAAUCAAAAUACUCAAUCAGGUUGCAGCCUUUUAUUUAUAAAAUAUACAAAAUUAUGAAGAUGCUAUGUAAAUAAUGUAGAUAAUAUUGGAUAGAACAUAGGUAUAGAAUUUUGUAUUUUAUUAGUAAAUAAUAAAUGGUAUGAAAUACAUUUUU